UCGCCUCGGUCCCUACGAGCAUCUCGGCCUCCCUUCCCCUCCCCUCGCGACUCCCCCACCCCGUGGGCGCGCGCGCACAGACACACACUCCCACUUGCAGGCGCGCGUGCGCGAGCCCCGAGUCGCGGAGUCUCCAGCGCCGCUCAGCAGAGCCCACUCUUUCGGGCGCCGCUACUCACACAGGCUUCCAGCCGCCACGGGGCGUCCUCUGUCUGCGGCAGCGGCGGCGGAGGCGGCGGACGGAACCGUGGCUGCAGCCCGGCCCCUUCUCGCAGCUCCGUGCCCUGGACGGAGUCCGGGAGAAGCGGAGGAGGACACCGAGACGAGGAGGAGCCGCGCCCGGCGCCCGGCUCCGCGCGACGGGCUGUCUCCGCUCGCGGUAUCACGGCUCCAGUUUCCUCAGGCAAUUAUAUAGAUGUGUAAAGUGCCACCACCAAUUUGAAAGAGAGCCCCACGUAGCCAAAAAGAGUCUUGGAUCCCAUUUAUAGCUGUGAUAUCGAUUCACUUCUAGUUAUGGCUUUGAAGAGCUUCUGCAUUCAGACGCCUCCCACUGCCCAUCCACACUGAACUCCCACCAGCCUCCUACCUGGACCUGCUGGGGCAGACAGGGUUUGGGGCAUGCUGAGUGCGGUGACAACCCUUCCAGCAGGCAGCCUGUCCCACCUGUGACUUCUUCUGGGAUUAUCGUUUGGAGCUGACUGUGGCCAGUGUGUCUCGGGUUCCUCCUGCCAAGAAACACCUUGCAUGUCAAAGCCACACUGUCUUCCAUGGGACUUCCUUUGUGAAUGCCUUCCAUUGAAAAGACUGCUGUGAAUACACUGCUUCAAUCAAGUCCCUAAAGAACAUUUUCUUCUAUCUGCUGGAGGUCUUAAGAAUCUGAUGAUCUCCGUGGGGACCCUGCACUCAGCCUUCAAAGUGCUCCUGCCCCGCAGGAUGCUCGUAAUUCAGUAGUAGAUGCUGGUGGCCUUGAAAGCAUCACCCAGUGUCCCCAACGGCUUCCUCAGAUGAUGGCUGCAGCCGCGGAUGGUUUGGGGAGUAUAGCGAUAGACACAACCCAGCUCAACAUGUCGGUGACAGAUCCCACAGCCUGGGCCACCGCCAUGAAUAAUCUGGGCAUGGUUCCCGUGGGGUUGCCUGGACAGCAGCUUGUGUCUGACUCCAUCUGUGUACCAGGCUUUGAUCCAGGCCUCAACAUGAUGACUGGGAUCACCCCCAUUAACCCAAUGAUCCCAGGCCUGGGACUGGUACCACCCCCGCCGCCAACAGAAGUGACUGUCAUCAAAGAAAUAAUCCACUGCAAGAGUUGCACUCUUUUCCCUCAAAAUCCAAAUCUUCCGCCUCCUUCCACAAGAGAACGACCUCCUGGCUGUAAGACAGUGUUUGUCGGAGGAUUGCCAGAAAAUGCCACUGAGGAAAUUAUUCAAGAAGUCUUUGAACAGUGUGGUGAUAUCACAGCGAUUCGGAAAAGCAAGAAGAAUUUUUGCCACAUUCGCUUUGCAGAGGAAUUCAUGGUUGAUAAAGCCAUUUACCUUUCUGGUUACCGGAUGCGAUUAGGGUCUAGCACGGACAAAAAAGAUUCUGGCCGCCUUCACGUGGACUUUGCCCAGGCCCGGGAUGACUUCUACGAGUGGGAAUGCAAGCAGAGGAUGCGCGCCCGCGAGGAGCGGCACCGGCGCAAGCUGGAGGAGGACCGGCUGCGGCCACCCUCCCCGCCGGCCAUCAUGCACUACUCGGAGCACGAGGCCGCUCUGCUGGCCGAAAAGCUGAAAGAUGAUAGCAAGUUUUCAGAGGCUAUCACAGUGUUACUUUCCUGGAUUGAACGAGGAGAAGUGAAUCGGCGUUCUGCAAACCAGUUCUAUUCCAUGGUGCAGUCGGCCAACAGCCACGUCCGCCGGCUAAUGAAUGAAAAGGCCACUCAUGAGCAAGAGAUGGAGGAAGCCAAGGAGAAUUUUAAAAAUGCCUUAACCGGAAUUCUCACUCAAUUUGAGCAGAUUGUGGCCGUUUUCAACGCUUCUACCAGACAAAAAGCUUGGGACCAUUUCUCGAAAGCUCAGCGCAAGAACAUAGACAUUUGGCGAAAACAUUCUGAGGAGCUCCGGAAUGCUCAAAGUGAGCAACUUAUGGGCAUCCGUCGCGAAGAGGAGAUGGAAAUGUCAGAUGAUGAGAACUGUGACAGCCCAACUAAAAAAAUGAGAGUCGAUGAAUCAGCCCUGGCGGCUCAGGCCUACGCCCUGAAAGAGGAGAAUGACAGCCUCCGCUGGCAGCUGGAUGCCUACAGGAAUGAGGUGGAGCUGCUGAAGCAAGAAAAAGAACAGCUUUUCCGAACAGAAGACAACCUCACCAAGGACCAGCAGCUCCAGUUCCUGCAGCAGACCAUGCAAGGCAUGCAGCAGCAAUUGCUGACCAUCCAGGAAGAGUUAAACAACAAAAAGUCAGAACUGGAACAAGCAAAGGAAGAGCAGUCGCACACACAGGCGUUACUCAAAGUCCUCCAGGAGCAAUUAAAAGGUACCAAGGAAUUGGUGGAGACCAAUGGCCACAGCCAUGAGGAUACAAAUGAAAUCAAUGUGUUGACAGUCGCUUUGGUCAACCAAGACCGAGAGAACAACAUUGAGAAAAGAAGUCAAGGCUUAAAAUCAGAGAAAGAAGCUCUACUAAUUGGCAUCAUAUCAACGUUUCUUCAUGUCCAUCCUUUUGGAGCCAAUAUAGAAUAUCUUUGGUCAUACAUGCAGCAGCUGGACUCCAAGAUAUCUGCAAAUGAAAUUGAAAUGCUUUUGAUGAGGCUGCCUCGCAUGUUUAAACAGGAAUUCACAGGCGUGGGAGCAACGCUGGAGAAAAGAUGGAAGUUGUGUGCCUUUGAAGGAAUUAAAACUACCUAACUCUGAAACACAAACCUGACACACGUCUGGAAAUGAAGCUGCUGCACCCGUCCAGGGCUGUGCAGCGAGGGCAGGCGGUUGGGGUUGUCCAGGGCAGGACCUCGGCGGAGCCAUCAGAGCCUGACUUUAGUUGCAUCUGUGGCGUUCUCUUGUGAGUGGAAAUGUAAUUGUGUACCAGUUCCCUAAACAAACAGAGCUUCUACACUGACAGGUCUGUUUCCUCUGCAAACCGAACAGUGAUUCCACAAUCAUAAUGAUGGCAAAAUCUUAAAAUAUGCUACAUUUGAGAAGAGCUCACCAAGCAAAAUAUUUAAAGUUAAUGAUGGUGUAGCAAUGGUUGUUGCUAGGCUACAGAGUUGUAUAUGUAAUGUAUAGCUAAAAUCAUUCAAUGACAUUUUCCUAAAAGUCUAUGUUCCUGUUUUAGCAAAAAAAGGG